GCAAAAGGUUGGUGUGAGUCAACCAUGGACAUUGGAAAGCGGUCUGACCCGCGUGUUAGCAGCGUCCUUGCCGGUAAUUUGAUAAUGUACAAAGACGAAGAUGAGCCAAUGGGUCGAGGUGCACAGAUAUCAGUUGAGCAACAAAUCCCGUGCUAUUCAAGGGAGAUCCAAGUCGCUGGACAUGCGGAAAUGUCGUGCCAAGCCGACAAGGCAUCGAUGCGAAUCAGCUUAAGCAACAACAAGGAGUCUGUGAACGAUGUCUCCAACAGUAUAUCACGGCGAGUGGAGUACAUCCUACAAGCUUUACGGCAGCAUGAUGUUAAGGAGGAGGACAUAUCGAUGAGGAAACACAUCCACAGAGAGCAAGACCAGUAUCACAUGGAAGCAGAGGUUGUGGUCAAGUUCUCCGAUUUUGUGAAGAUGGAAAGCGUGUGUGCCGUUCUGUUGCUGAAACUGGACAAGAGCGUUUGCGUUGGGACGCCCAAGUUUUACCACAGCGCCGAGUCUAUUAGCCAACUGAGGAGAGGCGCGUGUGUUGCAGCCGUGGAAAACGCCCGUUUGAAGGCUUGUGAGAUGAGCAGCCGUCUGGAACAGGUGUUGGGGCUCCCCCUGGUGGUCAGGGAGGAGGACGCCAGGGAGUGGACAGAUGAGGAAGGGAGAGAGGAACGAGGUGGGAGACCACCACACAGGCCUACCCUCACCGUCUCCUCUCGUGUGUUUGUGUCUUUCAACCUCAGACCCAGGAAGAAGCUAUAAAAACUCACUACCCAUAAUCCAGUGCGGUCAGCAACAUGCACACACACACACACACGUUCAUCCAAAAUAUGACGCCAAAGAACAUGGAUGUACUUCUGUCGUUUAUUGCACAAGGUACUAAAGUAUUUUGAUCUGACACUGGG